AUGGCCACUCGAUAUAUCGCUACUCACACAGUUGAGGACGCCCACAAGAGCGAUAUAUUCGCUAUUGCAGUAGGAAGCAAGUACACAGCGUCGACUGCAGGCGACGGCGUCAUCUCUCUGUGGGAAAACUUUGUUCCCAAGGACCCCAUUCAGCUCACUGAGCCCCGCGGAUGUGGUGUGCAUCAUAUCGCCAUGGACAUCACAGACACCUUCAUGGCGGCUGUCUACUUCGAUGGCUCGGUGCGAACCUGGUCUCUAGAGUCGCUUGAGGAGAUCGUGGUGCCGGCUGUCAAGGAUAUCGAGGCCGGCUGGGCGUGUUCUAUUGCCAACGACGCUCUUACUUUGGCGGUUUCGACGGUGGAGGGCUCGGUUUUGGUGUUUGAUUUACAGAAGAAAGAGCUUGUGUCAACGCUCAAGCCAGCCCAAAACCAGCAGGCGGUUGCAACCUGUGUAGAUAUUUCAAGUGACGGCAAAUUCGUCGCUUGCGGGUUGGAUUCCGGAAGAGUCCAUGUCUACUCCACCGCUACUGGUCGCUUGUCCUAUACGCUACCUUGCCACACAAUGUCUCCUCGUGCAGUCAAGCUUUCUCCUAUGAAUACACUUGUUGCAGUUGCAGGCGACUCAGAAACUAUUUCGCUGUUCACUUUGAAUGGUGGUGAUCUCAUUGGCACAUUUGUCGGCCAUGACUCUUGGGUAUUUGCAUUAGACUGGAACCUUGACGGUAGUCUGUUAUUAUCGGUUUCACAAGACGGCAAGGCAAAGAUCUGGUCUAUUGAAGAUCGCGCUUGCGUCUCUACCUUGAAUGACUCCGACCAACCUCUAUUUGCAGGUGCCUACAUUCGAAACGGUCAUGGUGCUCAGAUUAUUGGCGGAGCAUCCCAGGGUGUUGUUACAGGUGGUAUCGAUCGAACCUUGAGGUGGUAUCGCGAGGCAUCAUCUAAAUAA